AUGGCAGAAACAGACCUAUGGCUCAAUUCAACCCUUUCAGCCACGCUUGUUCUUAUCAGCGGGGUCUUCGCGGGCCUUACUAUUGCGUUGAUGACUCAAGACGAACUUUAUCUACAAGUGAUCGCAUUAUCUGGCGAAGCCACCGAUCGGAAAAAUGCGCAAGAGGUCAUCACCCUCCUGUCACAAGGGAAACAUUGGAUUCUUGUGACGCUUUUACUUGGGAAUUGCAUUGCCAGCGAAGCUUUGCCGGUCGUAUUAGACCAAGUUGUUGGCGGUGGACUAUCGGCGGUACUGGGUAGUAGUAUUCUGAUCGUCAUAUUCAGCGAAGUCAUACCACAAUCCAUUUGUGCCCGUUACUCCCUCAACAUCGGCGCAUAUAUGGCGCCUUUCGUAUCAGUAUGCAUGCGUCUCCUUGCUCCGGUCGCAUGGCCCGUUGGAAAAUUACUGGAUGUAUUCGUCGGCGAUAGCCACUCUACAGGAUACAAGAGGGCGGACCUCAUGACAUUGUUUUCUCUUCAUGAAACACUCGGAAAACCCGGAGACCGCAUCCGCUCCGAUGAAGUGAGGAUGGUCCAAGGUGCUCUUGGACUAGUGGACGAAAUGGCGACAAGCAUCAUGACACCCAUAAGCGAUAUCUUCUCUCUUCCUGCCAACGCGAUUGUCGAUUCAUAUACACUUAGGCGUAUCAAAGCUCGGGGUUUUUCAAAAAUUCCCAUACAUGCACCCGAUAACCGUAAGGAUAUCAUCGGGCUCCUUUCCGUCAAACAAUUGCUCAAAUACAACCCAAAAUCCGGUCGACGAGUUUACAACUUUGACUGGAUCCCAAUUCCUGUCAUACAUGCUAAGACUACUUCAUUGAAUCUCCUGAAGAUUUUCCAGGAAAGAAAAUGCGAACUUCUUCUCGUCGGCCGCAAAGAAAGAAAUCAAAUUCUGGGAAUCGUGACUCGAAAGGACGUGAUGAGAACUUUGCUCGGUCGAAACAAUUCAAAUCAACGAGAGAAAGGCAAUGUGAGCGACAAAGGAAGACACAUAACUCGGCAGGAAGAAUCUCCCCGCAUGCGUCGUACACCCAACAUCAUCCAAAGUAUCCUUGAAAAGCCCCAAAUAAUUGCCGUAUCGGCUGCGGAAGGGGAACUUCUCCCGCUUUGGGUCAAAUCAAGCUUUCCUUCCAACUAUAGCUCCUUCGACUAUUUCAACUCUCCAAGCAAGUGGACGUAUAUUCGAAGUUAUAUUUCAGAUACAAAGACCUGUCAAGAGAUAGAGCUUGGUACUACAUAUGGAACCCGAUGA